AUGGCGGCCGCACCAUCAACUUUGGGGGACCAAAUCCGCGAAGAACUGUCCUGCAGCAUCUGCCUGGAGCUGUUCACCAGGCCCAAGGUGCUGCCCUGUCAGCACACCUUCUGUCAGGACUGUCUACAGGACCAUGCAGGGAGGGGAGGGACCUUCCAGUGCCCAAACUGUCGGCUACAGGUCAGUCUACCUAGUCAAGGGGUUGUAGGUUUACCUGACAACCACUUAGUUACCAGUUUGUGUGAGAGACUGCACAACCAGCUAACACUAUCAGGGGAAGGAAAAGAACAGCCCAAAUCUGGAAACAGGUGCAGUUUUCACCCAUCUGAGAAACUCAUGCUCUACUGUAAACAGUGUAACUUGCCACUUUGUAGUGAGUGUUGUGAAGAAAGCCAUGAUGGACAUCCUACCACAGGCCUUAAAAAAGCCAUCAAACAACAAAGAGCACCAGUCCAGGCGUUGAUCAGUGAGGGAAGAGACAUCUUGGAAACAUACCUUAGCUUUCUCAGAGGUCUCAGACAAACAGAGAAAUCCCUGAAUGAACAGAAACAGCAGACAGACAACAGCAUCAUUCAGGCUUACACUAAAAGGAAAGAUGUUUUGGCACAGAAGCUAACAGAGUCAAAAGACCACCUCUUGUCAGAAACUGAAAAACAGCAUGGCAAAAACAUCAAACUUGUUCAAGAUGAAAGAGACCGAGUGUUGGCAGAUGUCAGUGAACUGUCUGCUGCCUGUGAUCAAGCAGAACAAGACAUGGAACAAAGAGCAAUCCAGUUUCUCAGUCAGCAAACCAGGAUGACAGAGGUGGUAGGAAAGUACAGAGGAAAAGCAGCACCAACUCCUGUACAAACCCAGCCUGCUGUCUUUCAGCCCACAGACACCCCCGUGCCAGUAUUGGGACAUGUGAUGGUCCAGUCUCUCCCAUCUACACCAAUCUUAGAGGAGACUGAAAAUGGUCAGAAAAGGGAUGAAAAAGAUGAUGAUCAGACACAGCGAGGAAUGUUUGAAGAAGUCAAAGGUGUUGCUGUGUCAGAGGAAGGAGAAAUUUUUGUGCUGGAGCAAUCUUUUCCGGACGAGAGAAUCCAAGUCUUCACACUGCAGGGAAAAUUUGUAAGAGAGUUUCCAACAGCUGUGCCAGGUAACUGCGAGAUGCGCCCAGAUGAUGUGGCCAUGGACAGGGAGGGGAACCUGUGGGUGGUGGGGGGGACAGACUCUGCUGAGUUUGCAGUGCAGUACAACAAACAGGGCAGGGUGCUGAGGAAGUUUGACCUACAGAAGACAGGGUGCUUCAGAGGAGUUGCCGUGGACACCAGGAGGAACCACAUCCUCAUCUCACAGACCACAGGUGAUGAGGAUAACCUACAUGUACAAGGUGAAGUUUUGGUGUUCACGCCAGAUGGAACACUUGUGAGAACUGUGGGUCAGCAGCAGGGGAUGAAGUACCCACGGUACAUCACUGUGGACAGGGAAGGGAACAUUCUUGUGUCAGACCAUUGUGUGUAUGUGUACAACGAGGACGGACAGUUUGUGUUCCAGUUUGGAGACAUGGGAUAUGGGGAAGGUCAUCUGAGCGGUCCCCGUGGCAUCUGUACAGACAGGGCAGGGAACAUCAUUGUAGCAGACAGUGGACAUGACCGUGUGGAGAUGUUUGACCAAGACAGGCAGAUUCCUCAAACACAUUGCUACUGA